AUGCCUCCCCUCUACAUACUACUAGGGCUUCUCCUCUUGCACACUCCUCUUUGGUGCUUCUCCGCAGCUGCAUAUGAAGACUCUCUCACGGCAGGCCAAGUGCUCGCCGUCGGUGAAAAGCUCGUCUCAAGAAAUGGCAAGUUCGCUGUCGGCUUCUUCCAGCCAGCAGCAAGCAUCAUCAGUAAGUCGUACCACAGUGCCACUUCCCCCAGCUCCAGCUGGUACCUUGGCAUAUGGUUCAAUAAGAUCCCAGUUUUUACUACCGUGUGGGUUGCUAAUAGGGAUCAGCCCAUCACAAACCAUAGUGUCAACCUAACACAGCUCAAGAUAUCAAGCGAUGGCAAUCUUGUCAUCGUAAACCAUGCCGCCAAAACUGAAUCCAUUGUUUGGUCCACUCACAUUCUCAAUAGGAAAACCAGUAGCAUAAACACCACCACAUCUAGCUCCGUUGUUCUCUUGAACAGUGGAAACCUUGCCCUGCUCGCAAGUAGCCAAGAGAUUUUGUGGCAGAGCUUCGACUAUCCAACAGAUAUCGGGCUUCCUGGCGCCAAGUUGGGCCGGAACAAGGUCACUGGUUUCAGUCGCCAGUACAUAUCAAAAAAGAGCCUCAUUGAUCCAGGUCUUGGCUCAUACAGCAUAGAACUAAAAGAUACCAGUGGGAUUGUCCUCAUGCGCCGCAACAACCCCUUGGUAAAGUACCUGACUUAUGCAACCACGGGAUCAUCAACUUUGAUUCCAAUACUCAAGUCAUUACUAGAUUUGAAACCUCGGACCAAAGGUUUGAUUAACCCAAUAUAUGUUGAUAACAACCAAGAGGAGUACUACACGUACACUUUACUUGAUGAAUCAUCAACUUCCAUGUUUGUCUUACUAGACAUCUCUGGUCAGGUCAAGCUGAAUAUUUGGUCACAAUCCAACCAGUCUUGGCAAACCAUAUAUUCCGAGCCAGCAGAUCCCUGCAGUCCGCCUGCUACGUGCGGACCUUUCACGGUCUGCAACGGCAAUGCAAAUCCAUUAUGUGACUGUAUGGAGAGCUUCUCCCUUAAGUCACCGCAGGAUUGGGAGUUUGAGGAUCGAACAGGAGGGUGCAUUAGAAACACACCGUUACAUUGCAGCACUAGUGGCAACAAUAGAAACAUGACAAGUUCAUCAGACAUGUUCCACCCCAUUGCUCAAGUUCAAUUGCCCUACAACCCGCAAAUAAUAGAUGUUGCUACCACUCAGAGCAAAUGUGAAGAAGCAUGUCUUGUUUCCUGCUCCUGCACUGCUUAUUCCUAUAACAAUAGCAGAUGCUUUGUCUGGCACAGGGAAUUGCUUAGUGUAAAUCUGAAUGAUGGCAAUGAUAAUAAUUCUGAAGAUGUUCUUUACCUUCGCCUUGCCGCCAAAGAUUUGCUCCCAGGUUCCAGAAAAAAAAAAAGUAAACCAAAUGUGGGAGUUAUUACUGCUGCAAGUAUUAUUGGUUUUGGGUUACUAAUGUUCGUGCUGUUGUUACUGGUUUGGAGGAACAAAUUCAAGUGGUGUGGUUUGCCUUUAUACGGAAAUCAAGGUAGUGCUGGUGGAAUUAUAGCCUUCAGAUACACUGACUUAGUUAGUGCCACUAAAAACUUCUCACAAAAGCUUGGAGGUGGUGGUUUUGGUUCGGUAUACAAGGGAAUGUUAAGUGAGUCGACAAUUACUAUAGCAGUGAAAAAGCUUGAUGGUGACCGCCAAGGAGAGAAGCAAUUCAGGGCGGAGGUGAGCUCAAUUGGACUGAUCCAACACAUAAACCUAGUCAAAUUGAUUGGUUUCUGCUGUGAAGGCAACCACAGAUUACUUGUGUAUGAACACAUGUUUAAUGGAUCUCUUGAUGGUCAUCUAUUUAAGAAGAGCAAUGUUGAUAUUGCCGUCCUAAGUUGGAACACCAGAUAUCAGAUAAUCCUAGGAGUUGCUAGAGGAUUAUCAUACUUGCAUCAGAGUUGUCGUGAGUGCAUCAUACACUGUGAUGUGAAGCCAGAGAACAUACUUCUGGAUGCAUCAUUUGUUCCUAAAGUUGCAGACUUUGGGCUGGCAGCGUUCGUGGGAAGGGAUUUCAGCCGAAUUCUGACUUCAUUCAGAGGAACUGCAGGCUAUCUUGCCCCUGAGUGGCUUACCGGUGUGGCAAUCACAUCGAAAGUCGAUGUUUACGGCUUUGGCAUGGUUCUGUUGGAAAUCAUAUCUGGAAGGAGGAAUUCCUCACCUGAAGAAUCAUAUAACACUAGCAGCAACAGUAACCAGAAUGUUAUAUAUUUCCCUAUUCAAGCCAUCAGCAAACUUCACGGCGGAGAUUUGAAGAGUUUGGUGGAUCCACAGUUACAUGGUGACUUCAACUUGGAAGAGGCUGAAAGGGUUUGCAAAGUUGCAUGUUGGUGCAUCCAAGAUAAUGAGUUGGAUCGGCCAACAAUGGGUGAAGUGGUCCGGGUUCUCGAGGGUCAACAAGAGAUUGAUGUGCCCCCAAUGCCAAGAUUUCUUGCAGCUAUAACGGAACAAUCUGGUGCUCCAACUUUAAUGUAAUAAUAGUUUGUAGUCGAUAUUAGUAGUCUUUGUUAAUUUCAGCAAUUUUCUUAAAGUUGUAUUGUGGAGAGGAAGGAAUAAAGGAGGGCAAGUUUGCAGUUUU